CCAGUCCUUUAUUUUCAACUCCCGAGAGAAGCUGGAGUCUGACGACACAGUCUGUUGUCUUCAGAUUUAGGCCAAAGCAUCACUGUUAAACUAAUCAAUUCCUUAGCAGCGCCACCGCUAUUUGGUUAGGAGAGACACCGCUUUCCCUAAGGGAGUAGCUUGGAAGGGAGAUUAAAGAGGAGUAGGAGCAGCAAACCACCACCAAAGUUUCCUUCAAGAAUCUCUUCUUCCUCCUACUCAGCCUUUCUCUUUCUCCAUCUCCACCCGAGCAGAAGCUCCGCUCUACUCUGCACAGUCUCUGAAUCAUCCCGGCAACGGCGACGGCGAGAGACUCCGGGUUUGAUUGAUUCGCUAUCCCUGCAUUGGUAGCGGACAAGAGAGCUGCUCGUGGAGCUUCUUCGCUUGGGAUUCUCCGAGCCGGCUUUGAUUUGGGCGCUUGGCUUGACUGUAGAUUCCAGGUUCAAGCCGUCCAGUUGUCUACUUGGUGGGCAACACCAUCUGUAGGUGGUGAAAGCAUGAGGCUAUGGUUUCUUCUUCUUAUUGCUUGCAUGCCUGCACUGAUCCUGUCGGAAGAUUACUCCGAUGUAACUGUCAUCGUAAGGGGCUCCGACACGAUUGCUGCAACCAGCGAUGAGUUCAUUUGCGCGACCGUUGAUUGGUGGCCUCCGGAGAAGUGCAACUAUGAUCAGUGCCCAUGGGGGAAGGCUUCUGUCUUAAAUAUGGACUUGACUCAUCCUUUGCUAGCUAAAGCCAUCCAAGCAUUUAGCCCACUGCGUAUCAGAGUCGGUGGCUCCUUACAAGACCAAGUAGUAUAUGGCACACCAAAUCUAGGAUCUCCAUGCAGACCAUUUACAAAAUCUUCAAGUGGUUUAUUUGGAUUUUCUCAAGGAUGCAUAACCAUGGAAAGAUGGGAUGCUAUGAAUGAUCUAUUUGUCAAUACAGGAGCAGUUAUUACUUUUGGUCUUAAUGCACUUCAAGGGCGAAAGCAGAUACGCAAAGGUGUAUGGGGAGGUGCCUGGAAUUCAAGCAAUGCUCAGGAGUUCAUGGAAUACACUGUUUCAAUGAACUAUCCUAUUGAUUCAUGGGAAUUCGGUAAUGAAUUGAGUGGAAGUGGAAUUGGUGCAAGCGUAGGAGCUGAACAAUACGGAAAGGACAUGGUUGAACUUCAAAACAUCGUCAAUCAGUUAUAUGGAAACUCUUGGAAACCAUUGGUGCUAGCCCCGGGAGGAUUCUAUGAUAGACAAUGGUUUGCUCAGCUUCUUGAUGUCUCUGGGCCAAAUGUUCUCCAAGGAAUGACUCAUCAUAUUUACAAUCUUGGUGCUGGUAAUGAUCCACGUGUCGCCAAUAGAAUCUUGGAUCCGCAGUAUUUAAACAAGGUUUCUGACACGUUCAGAGAUCUCCAGCUCACGAUACAACGGCAUGGACCAUGGUCGGCUCCGUGGGUUGGGGAAGCUGGCGGAGCGUAUAACAGCGGCAGCCGUACCGUCUCGAAUACGUUCCUGAAUAGCUUCUGGUAUCUUGAUCAACUUGGUCAGUCAGCAAAGUAUGACACCAAGGUCUACUGCAGACAGACCUUGAUUGGAGGCAACUAUGGACUUCUUGACACUGACACUUUUGUGCCGAACCCUGAUUACUACAGUGCCUUGCUUUGGCAUCGACUAAUGGGGAAUGGAGUUCUCUCCAUAGACUUGGGUGGGUCUUCAUACUUGCGCGCAUAUGCGCAUUGCGGAAAGCAGAAGGGCGGUGUCGCUCUACUCUUGAUCAAUCUGAGCCGAAACAUGGGAUCCAUGGUCUCGGUCAGGAACGACCUUAAUGUCGGCCUCGCACAAGGGCAGGGGAUAACGAGGGACAGCUCCCUUGUUCGUGGCAUUAAGAGGACGGUCUCCUGGGUGGGGAGCAAAGCUUCCGACGGGAUGCAGAAGAGGGAAGAGUACCACCUGACGGCGCAGGACGGUAACCCUCUUGCACGCACCAUGCUGCUUAAUGGAGCUCCUCUGGAGCUCACUGAAGAUGGUGAUAUCCCUCCGCUGUACCCGGUGCAAGUUUCAGUCAGCUCGCCGAUCUAUGUCGCUCCGCUCUCCAUUGCCUUCGUUGUCUUCCCAGAUUUUGAGGCCGAUGCUUGCCAGCAAUGAUCAGCCGUAGUUUUUACUUGUUAGAUAGGAUACCAUGUGAGGUUUUCAGCUAUGACAAAAUAGCUCUUCUCAACUAUACGAAAAAUAUAAUGCUUUGUGUUGAUGUUCUGCCCCAAUUGGGCCAUCAUUGUUUUUUCUUCCACAA